CAUCCCUGCAAGCGCUGGCGGAUCCCUCACACAGGUCUCCGAUAAAUGCCUCAUCGUCUCGUUGCAGAUAGUCAAGGACUCGUGCACGAGUUCCAAAUUCUCACAAACAGGCGGUCCAAAUCGAGCUGGCAACCUGCUCAAUCAUCGAGCGAACUAACCGAUCAACACUGAUUGCGAGAUUCUGUUCAUCCACGAUCUCUGAGCGCCUGCCCAACUCUGCGCUUCAACAUGGCCACUCCUCAGCCCAUUCCCGCACCUUCUGCGAUGCAUCCCAAUGCCGCGCGCGAAUUCCAAGCUCCGGAUGCCUCACCCCAAGGACACAGGACAUCCUUCAGCUACGGCGGAGGCUCUGGCAGUCUUCCUCAUCGUGUCAGCCCUCCACUGUUGUCUCCCAUCUUAGGAAGGAGCAACUUUGGUCUAGCUCCUGCCGGAUCCGCUCAAGCUCGUCGGCCGGGUCCUAUGCCCAUCACUUCUGCUGCUUCUCCCACCGUCCCCGCUUACAGCUGGGCUGGCACUAGUCAAGGUUCCAGCACCUCUUCCGAAUCGGACAUCGCUCCUUCGACACCCAAAGAGCCUUUCUCAGCCCCAAUCUCAACUGAAGGUAAUGGGCUGGCUACUUCGCCGAUCUCUGGUGCCCCACUCGGGCGGGUACCAUCCUUCCCGAUGGGCAGCGGCUUGCCUUCGGAAGGUGUCGGUCGCGGAUGGGCUUCUCAACGCAUUGCUGCUCAUAGCCCAGAGAGGGAGCACAAAGCUAUGGGCAUUCUGCGUCGCUUCUCCAUCGGUCAGUCUGGCAAAUCCGCGUCGCUGUCGACUACGACACCAAUCUCUCCGCCGCUGGCUGCCGAACCAAACAGUACUCCUAUGAGCGGACACUCGCGCAGUCUGAGCGUGGCUAGCAGUGCGAGCACCGGUGGGAGUCCCGGCGCUCCUAUCACCGGCGCAACGGCAUCGAGUCCUCCUAUCACCGAGCGCAGACUCAGUCGUGGAAGGAGAGCUAGCGGGACGCUCGAUGCCAACGGCAACAUGGUUGCUGGAGCGGCGAUCAAGCGAAGGCCAAGCCCAAUGGGCGAACGACUCCUAAUGGGUCACUUCAACGCCCACUGAACAAGAGAG